AUGCUUUGUAAAUUUUAUUUUUAUGGCACAAGUGUUGGGGCACUCUGUCAGGAUCGAACUCUCUUCAACAGUCACAGCAAUAUCUAUCUAUCUAUCUAUCUAUCUAUCUAUCUAUCUAUCUAUCUAUCUCACAGUGGUUUACCUACUUCAUGGCGCUAUCUAUCUAUCUAUCUAUCUAUCUAUCUAUCUAUCUAUCUAUCUAUCUAUCUAUCUCAGUCUUAUCUAUCUCAGUCUUGUCAUCUAUCUAUCUAUCUAUCUAUCUAUCUAAAAACAGCAAAGAAUAAUGAAAUAUCUAUCUAUCUAUCUAUCUAUCAGUCUUGUCACCCACCUAUCUAUCUAUCUAUCUAUCUAUCUAUCUAUCUAUCUCACCCGUUUGUAAAUGACUACCUGAUUCGCCUACGCAUUUUGGCUCAACUCCUGCUUUCUUUCACCGUCGCAAAGCGAUGCUGUUCAAUAUUUAUCACAGCAAGUAACCGUAAAAGAACACUUGAGAUUUCUCUCUUAAGUCGAUCAAUCGACGUGAUUCAACAUUUCGCAAGAUUAUGUGGGCAGUUCUUCAUAUCUAUCUAUCUAUCUAUCUAUCUAUCUAUCUAUCUAUCUAUCUAUCUAUCUAUCCCAUUCUGUUUUUAUCUAUCUAUCUAUCUAUCUAUCUAUCUAUCUAUCUAUCUAGUUAUAAUUCAGCUUUUUCCAUUUUCCAGAUAUUAUUUUGAAUUUCUUAAAAUCCUAUUAUUCGCUGACUCAUCAAAAACUAUUCUUCUGUCAAAAUCUCUUCAUUUAAAAAUCGUCUGGAUCUAUCUAUCUAUCUAUCUAUCUAUCUAUCUAUCUAUCUAUCUAUCUAUCUAUGUCGGUCUUUUCAUAUCUAUCUAUCUAUCUAUCUAUCUAUCUAUCUAUCUAUCUAUCUAUCUAUCUAUCUAUCUCAGUGUCUUCUUUCUUAACCCUUCUCUAACUCGGCUGACAUAUAUCUCUUAG